UCUGUGCGUUUACUCUACAAUCGGUCCCACUAAAUAUUUAAUUAAUCAUCGAUUCUCAUGUAAAGUUCUAAAAUUUUCAUUUGUUACACGCUACUGCUAGGAAUCGUAUUUGAAGCAUACAGGUAGCUCUCGUCAUCUCUAUGAUAUUCAAUUCGUUUGAGUUUUAGUAUUGUCAAAACUAUAAGUUACGCAAUUAGCAAAAUUAAUAUUCUGCUGUUGAUUGUGGUUUGCCUUUGGAGUCUCUGUGUAUGACAUGGUUUCAUAAAUGAUGGGAUGAGCUGGAAGGGGACAAUGACUUGAUGUUGUUUCAUUUUAAGUCGCUUGUAUUUGAACUCUCAAAGCUAAAUCACACCCUUUCGAGAACCAAAUCAUUUCAUGCUUUGCUAAUCAAGUCCUGCCUUUUCCAUGACCCAUUCUACGCAACUAAAAUCAUCAGGUUUUAUGCAAUCAAUAACGACCUCACAUCUGCCUGUAACCUGUUCGAUGAAACUCCUAACAGAACUGUCUAUCUCUGGAAUUCCAUCAUCAGAGCUUACGCCCAAACCCAUUCUUUUCUUGAUGCAUUUUCACUCUUCAAACAAAUGCUGGCCUCAGAAACAAAGCCCGAUAAUUUCACAUUUGCUUGCAUUUUACGUGCUUGUUCCGAAAAACUAGAUCUUGAAGCUCUUAAGCUUGUGCAUGGGCAAGUAAUUGUUUCUGAUUUGGGAUCAGACUCCAUUACCGCUAGUGCACUUGUGUCAGCUUACUCUAAACUUGGCCUCGUUGAUGAUGCAAGAAUGGUCUUUGAUGGGCUAAACAGACACGACUUGGUUUUACACAACACAAUGAUUACAGGUUAUGGAUCUUGUGGGUACUGGGAGAAAGCACUAAAUCUGUUUAUUAUAAUGAGAAGAAUUGGAUAUCAGCCUGAUGGGUAUACAGUUGUAGGGUUAUUAUCGGGUUUAACAUGUUCUAGCUUGCUGGAAAUCGGCCAAGGAAUCCAUGGUUACUGUUUGAGAAGCGGGUUUGAUUCUAACACACACAUAAGUAGCGUCCUUGUUAGUAUGUACACAAGAUGUGGUUGUAUGAAUUCGGCCUAUAAAGUAUUUAGUGGUUUGUCACAUCCCGAUUUGGUAACAUGGUCUGCUUUAAUAUCUGGUUUUUCACAAUCUGGAGAGUAUCAUAACGCCUUAAUUUAUUUCAGGAAACUGAAUUCCUGUGGCAAAAAACCAGACUCCGUUCUUAUCUCCAUUUUACUGGCUGUAACUUCACAAUUGGUCACUUUGGCACCAGGUGUCGAGCUACAUGGUUAUGCCAUACGCCAUAACCUACACUCGGAGGUCAUGGUGUCUUCUGCAUUGAUAGACAUGUACUCAAAAUGUGGUUUCUUGGACUUGGCACUCAAGGUGUUCGAUGAAAUGCCUAAAAGAAACAUAGUUUCAUACAAUUCAGUAAUAGCAAGUUUUGGUUUAUACGGACUUGCAUCCGAGGCUUUUGAAGUGUUUCAUGAGGUUCUUGAACAAGGUCUAAAACCUGAUGAAUCUACUUUCACUGCUCUACUAUCUGCUUGCUCCCAUGGUGGUCUUCUUAAAGAAGGUCGAGACGUUUUCAGAAGAAUGAGGGACGAUUUUAGCAUUGAAGCAAACACUGAACAUUAUGUUCAUUUUGUGAAGCUUGUUGGUAUGGCUGGGGAGUUGGAUGAGGCUUAUGAGGUUGUUAACUCGUUGGGAGAGCAUGUGGAUUCUGGUAUUUGGGGUGCGCUUCUUUCUUGCUGUGAUGCACAUAAUGAUUUGAAAAUGGCAGAGAUUGUGAGUCAGCGACUCCUUGAGUGUAAGCAAGAGAGAAUCAGCUACAAAGUUAUGGUUUCUAAUAUGCUUGCUGGAAAUGGGAGGUGGGAUGACGUGAAAAAAUUGAGGGAUGAAUUAGAUGGUGUGGGAAAUAGGAAAGUUUGUGGUGUUAGCUGGAUUGAGGUCUAACCGAAGGAAAUACCAAAGUUGAAAGGGGCAUGUAACGUAGCGGUAUCAAGAAUGUUGUAAAUAUGCCCCUUAAGCCAAUGAAUUCAGGGUUCAAGUCCCGGUUUAGUUUAGGAGCAGAUUAAGGGGUGUGUGAGUUAGUUGUUCAAAAGAAAAUUAACAAAGGAAAUGAUUCAUAAAUGAAUUUAAUAAAUUUUUAUGGGGUAAAUUUUUUAAGUAAA